GGAUUUUUAAUUUUAUCUUUUCCUGAUACCUAGAUAAAAACGACAACUAUAAAACAAACUUUAUCAUCAAGAUGUUUGAGUACACAAAUCAAUGUGCAAAUGAGAUGGGCAGUAUUCAAACUGAUGGGUGUGGCUAAAAAUGUUGUAUUUAAUCUCAAUCCCAGCCCUUUUUUGCACUGGUCUUCUUUGAUCAGUUACAUUUCCAUUUGCACUAGUUCUUGGAGCAAGAGUGCAAAACUUAGUUUGAACUUUAGUCUGUUCUUGAAAAAUGAGCUUCAACACAAAAAGUAAAAUGGCUCAAUCAAGAGAACUUGGCAAGGUGUUCAAUGAUUCCAUCCAUGGUCAUGUGGAGUUACCUUCACUUCUUGUCAAAAUCAUUGACACGCCUCAGUUCCAACGACUGCGAAACAUCAAGCAGCUCGGUGGGGGAUAUCUAGUUUACCCAGGAGCUUCACACAAUCGCUUUGAACAUUCAAUUGGGGUGGCGUAUUUGGCAGGAGAGCUGGUAAAAACUCUCCGGGAAAAGCAACCAGAACUGGAUAUUAAUGUCAGAGACAUCCUCUGUGUGCAGAUUGCAGGUCUUUGUCAUGACCUUGGACAUGGACCCUUCUCUCAUCUGUUUGACCAAAUGUUUAUGCCCCAAGUCCGUGGAAAUGCAGACAGGACGAAUGACCCAGAGGAAGAACAAGGACUUCCAUUUACACACGAGAAGGCUUCCCUAGACAUGUUUGAAUACCUGGUGAGAGUGAACGAACUGGACCUAGUGGGGAAAGACAAUAAACUGAUCAUAGAAGAUGAUGCGGAGAAUGAAGAAGAUGAUCAGGAGAAUGAAGGAGAUGAUCAGGAGAAUGAAGGAGAUGAUCAGGAGAAUGAAGGAGAUGAUCAGGAGGAUGGAGACGAUGAUCAGAACGAUGGAGAAGAUGAUCUGGUCUUCAUCAAGGAGCUUAUUCUUGGAAAGCCUCUGAAUGGCAAUGACUCCAGUGCUGGUUGGCCAUAUAAAGGUCGAAAGGUGGAAAAGUCUUUCCUCUAUGAAAUUGUGUCAAACAAGGAAAGUGGCAUUGAUGUGGACAAGUUUGACUACUUCGCCAGGGAUUGCUAUCACACUGGGAUCAAGAACAACUUUGAACAUCUGCGCUACUUCAAGUUUGCCAGAGUGAUUGAGGUGGAAACAAAUCAGUCCACAAGAAGACGCAUCUGCUUAAGAGACAAGGUGGUUGGGAAUCUCUAUGAUCUGUUCCAUACAAGACUCCUUCUCCACAGACGAGUCUGUCAUCAUAAAGUGACCACUAAUGUCCAGAUCAUGAUCAAAGAUGCUCUCUUAAAGGCAAACGGACAUCUUAAGAUUUCUGAUGCAACAAAGGACAUGGAGGCCUACACCAAACUGACAGAUCAAGUAACUGAAAGAAUACUGCAUUCCACUGGAAAUGACAUGAAAGAGGCAAGAGAGAUUCUAGUAAGAGUCAUGCGUCGAGAUUUGUACAAGUUGGUCGGUGAAGCCAAGAUAAGGGUUGAACAAGACAAGAUAAUACCAAAGGAGAAAAUUAUCCCUCUGAGACAAGAAGGGACACACAACUUAACAGAUGAAGACUUUGAUGGAAUUGAGAAUGGAAGCUUGAUAGUGGUGGUCAUGGAUCCUUUUCUCCAAUGUUUGAUCCAUUGUUUAUUACGCCAUCAUGCAGAAAGUACGAUUGGAAGCCUUCCACUUGAGGUGAGGCGACAAGACAAAAAAAUACCAAAAGAAAGUAUCAUGAAUCUGAAUCCACAAUUGAAAGAAGUCCUAACAGAGGAAGACUUUGAUAGAAUUAGUAAUGGAAGCUUGGAAGUGGUGGUAAUGCAAAAACAAGACAUGGAAAUGUUAAAGGAAAUUGAGAGUCAGAGACCGGAACUGGCCAAAGUCUUUGAUAAGUUUAGGAGUGGAAGCGUGGAAGUAGAAGACAUAGUUGAAAAUCUGAAAGAAGAACUGAAAAGCAUCCUUCCAGAAGAAGAAGACGACAAUGAUUACUUUGAAGUGGUGCCAAUCACUUAUAGUUAUGGCAAAGGGAAAGAAGAUCCAAUUAAAUAUACCUAUUUCUACAAGAAGAAUGACAUUAAAACAGCAUUUACCAUUCCCAGGAAUAAGGUGUCCAACUUCCUCCCUGAGUGCUUUUUGGAACAAACCAUCAGAGUUUACUGGAAGAAUAACGACAAAAAAAAUCUAAAAGAAGCUAAACAAGAGUUCCAGACCUGGUGCGAAAACAAUGGAUUUGAGGAGAUAUACAUUUAUGUUGACAAUGACGACGAUCUCUGUCAGCCUCCUCAGGAUGGAGCAACUACAUCUGCAUGAGGUCCAAGGUGAGGAAGGAUAACGGAUGCACAAUCAAAAAAAAGAGUAAGAAAUCUCAAAGUGAAUAAUAAAUAGCUACAUCAUUAACUUGCUCUUAAUCAUGAUUUAAACCAUUUUUAUGUUUAAGAAACAUGACAAAAAUAAUUAUAAGUACUUAAUUUAAAUAUGAUUUUGCUUGAGUCUAUUUUGCGUGCCACUCGUGUGUUGAUAUACUGCUUCUCAUAUUGUUUUAUGCUGUAGAUUGUUCAGUGGAUUUAAUGAUUUCCAAUGUCUGAUCAUUUAAAGCAGAUAAUCAUGUUAAGUGCUUGAUUGAAUCAAAAACAUUUAAAUUGUAUUUGGUGUUAAGAAAU